AUGCCCGAUAUGACCAGCACGCUCGCACACACUGAAACCGUAACCAAAGUAGGAACCGAAAUCCUAGAGGUAAUGCAGGCCAUCAGCUCAGGUGAUUACCCAGCACCGAAGUUGACUACGGGACUUGCUGGGACAAGACCAUUUACAUCUCACGUCUGGAUAGAGAUACUCGGUGGUCUGGACGGAUACUCGUACACGAGUAAUACCAAAGCUGGUAUCGAAUUCGAUGUUCAUUGGUUAUUGACAAUGUCACUGGUCUCAUCGGUAACCGUAUCUAUAGCCCAUGUGAUGUGUCCCAUGUUAUGGUUGAUCGGUACUAGGUACCUAUACGAUGCAACCUACUGUUGGGACGGUGUUUGA